UUUAUUCCUCCCUUCCCACAAAGACUAGAACGAUGAUCUGCCUCCGUCACGCUGUCUUACUCGCUCUCUCCCUCCCCGCCCUGGCAACUCCGAUCGACGUGGAAGAACGGGAGAUCGAAGAGCGCCAAUUUGGCAUCCUUACUUCCAUCUUUGGCGACGCCACAGGUUUCCUCAUCGGCACCGUCGGUGCAGCCAUCACUUCCGUCGGAGGGGAGGCGUUUACCAUCCUCACCGACGGUGCGGGGGAUGCCCUCACACUCGCCGAGAGCGGUGUGGGGUUUGUGACGAGCUUUGGCGGAAGCGUCUUCACUGUUGCGACCGCCGGUGCGGGGGAGGUGGGAACGAUCGUUGAGAGCGCGGCGCAAGGCGCGUUCACUGUCGUCACUAGCAUCGGGGGUGAGGGAAUCACUCUCGCAGAGAACGGAGCUGGGAUCGUCACAAGCUUCGGUGACCAUGUCUAUACGAUCGCUACCGCUGCUGCUGUCUCCGGGGCAAGUGAGCUCACUUCCGCCGCUGGGAGCGGGCCGACCACUAGCGGCUCUACUACGCUCACGUCGCCCACUUCGACCGCGUCGAGUGCUGCACUGGGCAAGGCUGCUGGGCUGGGGAAGGAACAUCUGCUGGGUGUGGGGGCGGUGGUGAUGGGCGUUGUCGUGGGCGCUUGGGCAGUGCUGUGAACACGGAGAUGGAGAUGGAGAAGAGGCAAAAUGAGCAGUGGUGCAUAUUAUGAUGUGGACAAUGUUCAUUGAAUUAUGUAAUUACUCACAUAACUGUUCGAAUUCAACUAUUCUAUC